AACAUCUCAUACUUUUGAAAAAUACCAACAGAUUUUGAAAUUCGCUUACAAUCGAUUAAAAAACCGCACUUGAAGCUUAACGUCUCCAACUUGCCCCGGUCUCCCCUACUCAGAACAGGUAAUGAGGUACGUUUUGUUUUAAAAUCAUUUAUAAGUCCUUGUUCACUUUGUAAAAUAUUAUCUUAUCAAUUAAAGCUGACAGUCACUGAUGAUUAUUCAAUUAUUGGUUUUUUUUCUUUCAGCUACAGUUUAUGGAUUACACUGGAUUUACUGCCUCGUGUUAUGUGAUAUUUUAAUAAAAACGAGAACCAGCACAAUCACGUCCUGUCUUGUCGCUUAUCUUCCCCAGAGUGCUUGAUCCGGGUCCCUUCCUUAUUUCUCAAAUUUUGUUGCGCACUUGACCCAUAAUACGAGCGGGCAAUUCAACUGGUUUCACGCCGCGUAUACGACUGCCCAGGCUCGCUUAAAAUUGUACGAGUAUCUCGAACUACUCGAUAGACGCGUACUCUAUUACGAUACGGAUUCCGUAAUUUACCGGCGAAACAUGCUCGAUCCGAACGAGUACGAACCGCCAACGGGAAAUUUCCUCGGUGAUCUCACGGACGAAUUGGAGGCAUAGGGUAAGGGCUCCUUCAUUCACGCGUUUGUUUCGGGGGGUGCGAAAUUCUACGCGUUUAUGGUACGGCACCCCGACGGCAGCGACGCGGAAAUUUGUAAAAUCAAAGGCAUCACGCUGAAUCACGAUAGCAAAAAACGCAUUAACUUCUCGGCAAUUAGGAGAAUGGUGGUGGAAUCAGCGGAUCCCGUGCGUCUGGAAUACCGCGCUAUUCGUCGGACCGCAUUGCAUGAUGUUGUCACGCGAACGGAGACGAAAACCUGCAAACCCGUCUUCGUCAAGAGAUUCCGCCGCCCGAAUUCAUUCGAUACGUUACCGUACGGGUACAAAGACGUAAACGGGGGGUAAACAAGUCGUCCUCAGGCACGUGGAAUGAGGACCGCAUGCUUCGUGAGGCUCGCUCUCGCUCGACCUUUCUCUUCACGAAUAAAAUUUAGGUACAUCACGUCAACGAUCCAAGACCUCGUUUCUACCCUCCCUGUCGUCAGCUUCAUUCAGCUUUUCGUCAUAUAAGUACAGCGGCCGGGGUGCGACACCAUCAGAAUCAGAUUCACCGGAGACAAUCGAGGUCACGCACGCACGACUGAGAAGGAAGAGAAGAAGAAGAAGAAGAAGAAGAAGAAGAAGAAGAAGAAGAAGAAGAAGAAGAAGAAGAAGAAGAAGAAGAAGAAGAAGAAGAAGAAGAAGAAGAAGAAGAAGAAAUACACGGACAAGCAAUCUCAGUUGCAUCAAGACUCCGCCAAAGCGAAGUGACGCUAGACGAUGACUCUGGAUACACGUUGAAAGCAUCCGUUCUCUGCCAUCGUUGCAGGUCCAUCGGGCUGUGGAAAGUCCAAUUUCGUGAAGACUUUCUUAAAACACUGUGAUCGGAUGUGCGAUGCAAAAUUCACUCGCGUCAUCUGGUACUACGACGAAUGGCAACCGUUGUACGAAUCCACCAGUGGUAUAGAAUAUCGUGAGGGUUUACCGCAACACACUGACUACGACGGCGACAAGAGUCCUAAACUGCUGAUCAUCGACGAUCUGAUGCGCGAAGCGUCCAACAACGUAGUCGUCGAUUUAUUCACCAAAGUUUGCCACCACAAAAACCUCAGCGUCUUUUACAUCACGCAAAACCUAUUUCACCAAGGACUCGGUCAACGCGACAUUUCUUUAAACGCGAACUAUAUAGUAUUUUUCGGAAAUCCUCGGGACCGUGGUCAGAUACAACAUCUUGUGCGUCAGGUCUGUCCAGAGAACCCACGGUUUCUUUAAGAAGCCUAUCACGAUGCUACGGCCAUUCCGCACGGAAAUCUGCUACUCGACUUGAAACAAACGACCUCUGAAAACUGUCGCUUUCGGACGAAAAUAUUUCCUACGGAUGAGAAACACUACGUAUACGUUCCGAAAAAGGAUAUAAAGUCGAACGGAACGGGUAAAGUCCCAGUCAUUCAGCUGUGAUGCCGCGAGAAAGUCGUCGGGGAAGCAGUGCCAGCUUUGGCAAGACAAACACCGUCGCUCUGCAGGCUCUGCAAAAACUAAAUCCUGCUCAAAAAUUGGCUUUGCUCCGUACCGCUGACAAAACGUUGGUGAGAGAUAUUUGCGAGUGCGCUCUAAAUGUCUUACUGGGAAACGUGAAACUGUCGCGCGCCCAGAAAAUCCGUCUCGUUCAACACAAGCAAACGCUUCGUCAACUGGCCAAAAAGCAAGGUAGUUGGAAGAGUAAGAAAAAAAUUUUAAUUCAACGAGGAAACGGAUUUCUGACUCUCUUACUCGCACCGAUAUUAGGGACUUUGGCUUCUAGUCUGUUUUCAAAGUAGAAAGAAAAAUCACAGAGAGAGAGAAUGGAGCAUGCAAAGAAGAUGGUUUUAAUACCGGCGGAUACGAUUGAGAGAUUUCGACGUCGCGUCAGCGAGAAUACGACUGCGGAAGUUACACCGCCGCCGACGAAUGACGCCGCCGACAAUCCUGUCUCAAGACUGGACCAGGAGAUGAGAGUCAUCUUGAACUCAAAGUCGGAGGACAACGCGGAAAAGUGGAAACUCUACCAGCAAGCGAUGCAGCGGUAUUUAUUUUUUGCAAACGAGGAUAGAAAGCCGUUGGAAGUUCUGAUUCGCGAUAACGGAGAAAGCAACACGGCGAGCCGAUUACCCAACGAAAUACCGAGAGCGGUUGUGAAACGGGAGUAUCAGAAGAUAGUAGUCGCUGUUCCGAACAGGUAUGCUGCGAAAGCGGGACUUUUGAUGCGAUUGCUGACAAUGAGCGACGAAACAUCUGCGCGUUUUGGAUGGGAUGUGUCCGGUGUUGUUUCAAUCGACGGAGUAAUCAUUCCCGGUACAGAUAUUGUCGAUCUGAUCAAUCACACGAUGCUUUCGAGAAAGACAUUUGAUCCCGCAAAAAGCAUACAGUUUGCACGGUUUCUCCACGCGAUUAAUGUGCCGCGAGAGUGUGUGGGAAACGAUGAAUUUUGGAAAACUAUUCGAUCGUUUGACGAGACGCGAAGAAGCCUCGUUCCGAAAAGGAGAAGACCCGUCACCACCACCACCAGCGAUAAAACCGAUGAGACGGCUAGCCCGCAGCCUCAAGUUCCAGUAACGCGUAAUCGUUCGAAAGAGACCAACGUGUCUCCGGGAUCCCCCUAUUCGGGAGUACGAAAUUGGAAAAGACUGCGCUUUUCGAAGUGAUGCAAAUGCUCGAAGAGAUCUAUUACGACCCAGCACACCCUGCGGGCUACGCGGGUGCACGAAAUCUGGAACGGGCGGCUCGCGGCGAAAAGAUUCGAGCAAUGGUGAAGAAAUGGCUGGCUGCACAGGAUACGUACACUUUGCACAAAUCCGUGCGAAGAAACUGUGGAAGAGCAAGAUACGACGUUUCCCACAUCGACGACGUGUGGGAGGCUGAUCUGGCCGAUUUGAGCUCGAUAAGAAGAAAAAAUAACGGACAUCGCUAUUUACUGGUGGUCAUCGACGUUUUGAGCAAAUACGCCUGGGUCGUACCCCUGAAGUGUAAAACAGCCAAUUCCGUAGCGGAAGGAUUUCAACAUGUGCUAACCACAACCCCACGUAGACCUGUUUUACUGCAGACCGACAAGGGUAAGGAGUUUGUCGGACAUACAUUUCAAAAGCUUCUUUCGGACAACGGCAUACGAUAUCGCACUACCCGCAAUCCCGAUAUUAAAGCGGCUAUCGUCGAACGCUUCAAUCGCACACUCAAGGAGCGACUUUGGCGUUAUUUUACGCAUAAAAAUAGUCAGCGCUACGUAGACGUUUUACCACUCAUCGUUCAAGCGUACAACGAGACACGUCACUCGAGUAUCGGUACGUCCCCUGCCGAGGUGACGCUAGAAAACGCUGCAAAAGCGCGGGCUUACAUGCAGAAGCGGUAUCCAGCACGUCGUAUCGGCAGACUCUAAUUCCGCGAAAACGAUAUCGUGCGAAUCAGCAAAACCAAAGGAACUCUCCAGAAAGGCUACGAGGCAAACUGGAGCGAAGAAUUGUCCAAAAUUCGCCAAGUACUCGCUCGCGCACGGAUUGUCUAUGUAUUAGAGGAUCUCUCCGGCGAAGAAAUUGACGGUACUUUCUACGAACCUGAGCUUCAGCGUAUCGAGAGAAGAGGUCCCGAUGGCGAUGCCCUCCAAAAUUGAAGAAAAAAAGAGAUAAAAGAAUGGAUCAACGGUGUCGUCGCAGUCAUUCGUUUUGCGUACGUUGACGCGGAACCUCGCAAGACACGCCAGUGCGAUGGCAAAGGACCACUUUUACAUCACACUUCCGAGCAAUAGCUCAGUCCCCUUUUUCCCGGACAAUCGUUCCUGCUGCUACAUCACGCAGUUACCACGCGCGAUCGUGCUAAGUGGCGAAUGGGAGGUGGGAAUCGCGGAAAUUCAUUAUCCACUAACAUUUUCACAAGAUUUCUACUCGGUUCCCGGUCAGGAUGUAUCGUCAGAUUUCAUCCUGCCGAACAUCCCGUCGUGUCAAAUGUUUGUCUACUGCGAUCUCGUCGAGUCCCGUAUAGUCGGUGAUGUACACGCUCCGCUCCUACGAGUCGUACACGCCUGCUGGGAACAACACUCAAUACGCGGCGAAUCUGAUACAAAAAUUUUCUUGCAGCCACACUACCUACCGCUGCUUUACUCGAACUUCCGCAACAUAGAGAUUAAUAUAAAAGAUCACACUGGAAAAUCCAUCCCAUUCGAUUACGGGACACUGACGGUAAAGCUUCACUUCAAACGUGUUCGUUGAUACGAAAGGGGUAGAAGACGAAGAAACAGACGAUAUGGUUGACUACACGGAACAUUAUGAGAAUCAACUCAAAGGUGGUGGUGGUACGGGAACUUUUUAUCGCGGUGUGCCACAUCAACGAGGUCACGGUAUCGGUAGUUUCUUGGGAGGAUUAUUUCGCAGAGUUUUGCCGUUACUAAAAAGUGGAGCGAAAGCCGUUGGAAAGGAGGCCUUGCGAGCAGGGAUGAACGUCAUGGCUGAUAUGGAGAGCGACGUACCCUUCAAAGAAGCCGUCAAAUCACGGGCCAAAGAAUCAGGGCGUAAUUUGCAGAAAAAGGCCCAAGAAAAACUUACCAAUCUUAUGCAGGGCUCCGGGUAUAAAGGGGCGCUCACAAGACCAAGGAGACAGUCGUUGGUCGCCCGCGUUAAUCGUCUCGUCGCAGCGCAAAAGGUUACCAGGCGGAAGAGGAAUUCGAAUAUUAAGAAGAGCAAGAAGAAGAAGAAAAAGAAGACGUCCCGUACCGCGUCAAGCAAGAAUAGAGGGCGAGAGAAACACUCCAAAAACGAACCGUGAGGGAUAUAUUUGGACCGGCGUAAUUUGUCGCACUAUAUCCGUACGAUGGCUUUUCUACACGCGCGCCCGAGUGAGUGCACGAAAUCCGAAUUGGAUUUAUUCUCUGUACCUUCGACACAAACCUCGAUCGAAAGCAGACAAUAGAUACACUACAAGCCGGUUUCCUCUCUAACCGAUGACUCUCCGAUCGAAUUCGCUGUACCGGGGCACGGUGACGAGUACAUCGACCUUGCCCACACUAUGCUGAGCUUACGCGUACAAUUACGCCGAACAAAAAAGGAAACAACCGCAUCGGCGAGCAAGGACGCUUCCACUACACCAUGGGUGACCCCUAUAAAUAACUUACUUCACUUAAUGUUUAAUCAAGUGGAUAUAUUUUUCAAUCAAAAACCGGUAUCACCAGCCAACAACUCUUACGCCUACCGCGCCUACAUAGAGACGCUGCUGAAUUACGCACCGAACGCUAAACAAUCGCAUCUUACGGCUGGACUGUGGUACGAUAACAAGAACGGCGAAACAGAUAUUUGCGAACCGCGUGAAAACGACGUUCCCCUAAUGAACGGUUUCAUCAAACGCAACGAAAUCAUACGAAACGGACGCGUCGUAGAUUUGAUCGGACAUCUCCACUGCGACGUCUUUAAUCAGGAAAAGUUUUUACUGAACGGUGUAGAACUACGAGUACGCCUCGUACGCUCAAGAGAUAGCUUCUGCCUUAUGGAAACUGAAGCGCUGCAUACUCUCCAUAUUCUAGAAGCAUCUUUACUCGUGCGCCGAGUGAAAAUCAGCCCAGGUAUAUUGCUGGCUCAUGCAAGAACUCUAGCCAAGGGUACGGCAAAAUAUCCGGUUACCCGAGUUGAAGUCAAAGCCUUCACCAUUCAUGCCGGCGUGCAGGCUGAGACGCUGGACAACGUCAUACUCGGACAACUACCGAAACGCGUCAUUUUGGGGCUAGUCAGCAACAAGGCUUUCAACGGUCACAGACAACAGAAUCCCUUCAACUUUUAACAUUUCAUGCUGAAUUAUCUAUCGUUGUACGUCGACGGCAUUCAAAUACCCUCGAAAGCUUUGCAACCGAGCUUUGGAAAGAACGGCGUACACGUCGACACGUAUCACACUUUAUUCUCUGGGACCGGAGUACAUUUUCUCAACGAGGGCUGCGGUAUCGGACGACUACACUACGAAAUGGGAAAUUGUCUCACAGCAUUUGACCUAACGCCUGAUCUUGCGGCCAACUGUUCGUCUCACUGGUCACUCAUCAAACACGGAACACUCAGGAUUGAAUUACGCUUCGACGAUGCACUCAAAGAAACUAUUAACUGUAUCGUGUACGUGAAAUUCGACAAUAUUAUUGAAGUCGAUGCAUCGCGUCAGGUUGUCACAGAUUUCGGCGGUUAGCCCGAACGCUGACAUAAAACAGACGGAGCGACACGUGUUGGGACCAUGCCCGAACAGAAGCACAGUGGGUGGUACGGCUCGACGACUUUAAAAAAG